AUGGAGGGAGUCGAUCUUACCAAGGCGAUGCUCAACAAGGGUAAACAGAUGGCAAACGUCGCAGCUUCAGCUGCCAAUGGCAGCGCCGGCAAGAAGAGGAGAAAGGGUACCGACUUGAAGCCCAUCCUCACGAACGAAGGGAACCCUGCGCCCGGCGCAUCCUCCACAGAAUCGACCGGCGCUAUUCCCUCAAUUUCCAAAGCACCCGGAUCGCGCUCUUCAUCUUCAUCGUCGGGCGAAGAGCUCGAGGCCACAGCGGAGGAGGAGGACUCUGAAGAUUAUUGCAAGGGCGGAUACCACCCCGUCGCUGUCGGCGAGGCAUACAACAAUGGUCGUUAUAUCAUUGUGCGCAAACUUGGAUGGGGUCAUUUCUCUACAGUCUGGCUGUCGCGGGACACAACCACCAACAAGCACGUCGCGCUAAAGGUGGUUCGGUCCGCCGCACACUACACUGAAACCGCGAUCGACGAAAUCAAGCUUCUUAACAAAAUAGUUCAGGCCAAACCCUCGCAUCCUGGUCGGAAGCACGUGGUCAGUCUGCUGGACUCCUUCGAGCAUAAGGGGCCGAACGGUGUUCAUGUCUGUAUGGUGUUUGAAGUUCUGGGCGAGAACUUGUUGGGUUUGAUCAAGCGCUGGAACCAUCGCGGUAUCCCCAUGCCGCUAGUAAAGCAGAUCACAAAACAGGUGCUGCUAGGCUUAGAUUAUCUCCAUCGCGAGUGUGGCAUCAUUCACACGGAUCUGAAGCCGGAGAAUGUGCUGAUCGAGAUCGGAGAUGUGGAGCAGAUCGUCAAGGCGCAUGUGAAGGAAGAAGCUAAGAAAGAGGCCAAAGAGAAAGAGGAUAACCGAAAUGGACGGCGACGACGGCGCACACUUAUCACAGGCAGCCAGCCGCUCCCUAGUCCACUGAACACCAGCUUCAGUAGCUUUGACUUUAAACACAGCUCCUCCAACUCACACAGCAGCCUCAGCCAGAUGGUCAACGAAUCUUCAACAUCUUCUACAGAAAUUCCAUCCAUGAAAGAGCUACUCGGCGUGAAGGACGAAGACCAGAAGCAGCAUCAGCGAGAGAAGACCGCUGAUCUUUUGGAGCGAGAGGUGUCUGGAAUUUCUCUCGAUAAAGGCUCUUCGAGCAAAUCCUCAGAAGAUGAAAUUGACGUCAACGUCAUUUCUGUCAAGAUUGCAGAUUUAGGCAAUGCUUGCUGGGUCGGCCAUCAUUUCACCAACGACAUUCAAACCCGUCAAUACCGCUCGCCUGAAGUUAUCCUAGGUUCUAAAUGGGGUGCAAGCACUGACGUGUGGAGCAUGGCAUGCAUGGUCUUUGAACUCAUCACCGGAGACUAUCUCUUCGAUCCCCAAUCAGGCACCAAGUACGGCAAAGAUGAUGACCACAUUGCCCAAAUCAUCGAACUGCUCGGUCCCUUCCCUAAAUCACUUUGCUUGUCCGGCAAAUGGUCUCAAGAAAUCUUCAACCGUAAGGGCGAACUACGCAAUAUCCACCGACUUCGUCACUGGGCCCUGCCAGAUGUUCUGCGAGAAAAGUAUCAUUACUCGAUGGAGGAGAGCAUGCGUAUCAGCGAACUUCUACUGCCCAUGCUUGAUUUGUCACCGGAGAAGCGGGCCAAUGCUGGCGGCAUGGCAGCUCACGAGUGGAUAAAGGACAUUCCCGGUAUGGAUGGGGUCAAUCUGGGCAUUGCCCCUGGAACCCGUGGGGAGGGUAUUGACGGGUGGGCUACCGAGGUCAAGAAGCGAUGA